GACAGGGUGGCUUAAAUAACAGAACUUUAUUCUUCACAGUUCUAAAGGCUGGGAAGUUCAAGAUCAAGGUGAUGGUUGAUUUGGUUCUGAGUGAGGGCCCUCUUCCUGGUUUGCAGAGGGACACCUUCUUGCUGUAUCUUCACAUGGCAGAGAGAGAGGAAGAGAGAGAGAGAGCUGUGGUCUCCUCACCCUCUUAUAAAGAUUCCUUCAUGAGAACUCUACCUGCAUCACCUCACAUAAACCUAAUUACCUCCCCAAGGCUCCAACUCCUAAUCCUAUCAUAUUUUAGAUUAGGGCUUCAAUAUAUGGAUUUGGGGGAGACACAAACAUUCACUCCAUAGCACCCUUCUUUCCUUUCUCCUGUCUGUUCCUACCACAUUGCCCCUUUCAGACAGUCUCUUAAUGACCUAAUUCUACCUGUCCAUAUUUUUCUCCAUCUCCAUAUAAUUAUACACAACAAACAUCUACAUAUACAUAUAUGCAUAUACACAGAUGCAGCUUUUAUAUUUUACCAAAUGGAAGCACAACACAUGUACUUUUCUUCAUUUUACUUCUUCUGAUUCUAUAAUACCUUGUAAAAAUUCCUCCAAAAUAUUGGACUGAUGUAUCUCUAAUUCAAAUUUUAAAGGUUACAUUGUAUUCCAUGGUAUAAAUAUACUACUGUAUUUAACCAUUGCCUUGUUGAUGGACAUUUAUUUUGCUUGCAGUAUACACUAUGAACAAUGCUGCAAUCAACAUCCUGUUCAUACAUUCUUGUAGAGGCUAUUUUUGUCUCUGUUGCCUAGACUCUCAGUGUUGCUUGGGAAUGAUGAGAGUGAUGUGUUUUGAUUUUUACUUCAGACUUUAUAUCGCUUCUUCUUUUGAUGUUUGACUUGAGGUGCUGCCUGGGAAAGGCUAUUGGCUGAUCAUCAAGUGGUUUCAGUGUGUGGCAUUUUUCAGAUUCAGGACUCUGAACCUCAGUAUCGUAGAUACAGAAAAUCAACCUUGUCCAUAUAUUCCAAGGUGAUCUGCCUUUUUGUGAUAUACUCUCGGUCACAGAAUUCACAUGACAUCCUGAUCCAUGGCUAAUGGUGUCCCUAGGAUGACAGUUCUUUUUAAAGAUUUAUUGACAUUCCUGGUUAAACUAUAGUCUGUAUAAGGGAAGUCAGGGCAUUAUUUUCUCCACUUUUUUCACUCAUUUAACAAAUAUUUAUUGAUCUAUCAGGCAUUGUUCUAGGCAUUGGGGAUGAAUCCAUAAAUUAAAAAAAUGCACACCUUCAUGAGGGAAAUGACAAAAUAACUAAUAUAAAUAAGCAAAUGUAUUAAAUAUUAUGUUUAAUGGUUAUAAAGUACUAAUUAAAACCAAGACAGAAAGAGGGUAGAAGGAUGCUGGGGGAUGAGAGUGACACUGUUUUAAUGUGGCAGCCAUGUGUGACCACACUGCAAGUGUGACAUUUGAUGGAAAAGUUGACAGUGGAGGCGGGGGCGGGAAGAGGGAUAUCUGGGGAAGGCUGUUCGAGUCAGGGAUAGCAGCAGAUGGGAAGCUUCAGUGAAGGGGAGGGGAGAAGGUCAAUCUUGACUUGUUGGAGGAAAAGCAAAGGUUUUGGUGUGGCUGGGGCAGAGUCAGGAGAUGCGAUGAGAGACGUGAGGGAGAAGCAGACCACACAGUGACUCAUGGGACAUCACCAGGGCUUCCUAAGAUGAGACGCCGCUGGGAGUUUUGAGCAGAGAAGUGACGACCUAAGUUACAUUUAACAGGAAUCUCCGCUGCUAUGUUUGCUGAGAUAGGCCUACAGGGGAGGCAAGUGUGGAAGCAGGGACAUAAAACGGAGUGCUACUGCAGUCACCCCGCAGAGCCGGUGGUGUCUUGGCCCAGGGCGAUAACAAUGGGAGUAGUAAGAAGUAGUUGGAUUCUGGAUACAUUUGGAAGGAAGAGUUUAUUAAUUUUUCAUUGCUGUGUAAUAAAUCACUACAAACUUUGUGGCUCAAAACAACACAAAUUUAUUAUCUCACAGUUUCCAUUGGUGUGGGGUCUGGGUUCUCUGCUUCAAGUUGUCACCAGGCUGCAAUUGAGAUGCUGACUGGGCUUUGUUCUCACCUGGAGAAAGGCUUGACUUAGGAAGAAUCCACCCCCGAGCUCAUUCGGUGUUGGCAGAAUUUAUUUCCUUGUGGCCCUAAACUUAGGGAGGUUCGCUUUUUCAGUUUCACCUGGGGAACUUGUAGCUGCAGUCUGCAGAGAGAGCCUUCUAUAGAACGAAGCAUAAUUGUGUUUUAUUCUGUUUUAUUCUGCUAGUUGGAAGUGUUACAGGUGCUGCUGGCACUCGAGGGAAAGCUGGAAUUAUUGAGGGUCACCCUAAGGUCUUCCACCACAGAGAACCAACAGGAUUUUUUUUUUUUGCCAGCCACUGCCUCAAAAGUGAAAGGUUUCAAAUAAUGACAAUGGAAUGGGUCUUUCUUUAAUGCACUAGAUGUGGAUAAUAGAGGCCUUUUUUGUCUAUAACCUCUGACAAACAUGUAUUUUGGUAUCCAUUGAUUAUGUGUAGAAAUCUAUUAAAAUUAUUAACAUGGAAGGCCCUUUUUAGGGUAGAACAAACCACUAUUUGUUCACCUAAUCAUACCCUGAAUGUAAGGAUAUAUUUGAAUAGGUUUUACUUUGGAUAAAAUCUUUUUGGCUCUUAAGGAACACAGAGAAAUAGUCAUGAAAUUCCAAGUGGUUAAAGUAGAAACAAGGACUCCAUUUGUGCAAAUGGAGUCCAUGAUAAUGUAAUUAGCACCGUAGGUAAUGUCAACAUGCACGCACAGACGCCGUGUCAUUAGCUGCGUGUACUGAAGCUAUGUCAUUUGAUUCAUAGUCCCCUUCACACAUAAACAAAAGUAUGAAUGUUCACUUUUAAAAAAGAUACAUUUUCUCCAACUUCCACUCAAGUGUUUCUUAGAUGUCUUCACUGCCCAGCAAAGUCAAAAUUGUGCACAAUGAGACAAAUCGUUGAGUUUCUUUCUUAUUUGGAUACUAUUGAUUUAGAAUUAAUCAUGUUUUCAAACAAUGGUGCAAAUAAUCCUGUCAGCUCUCUGACGCAACGUGGAAUAUAGUCUUCAUUUAACAAGUAAGAAAACACAAGCAAAGAGCUCAAAAACUGUCUCUGGACUCAGAGGGCCAAAAGCCACUCUUUGGGGCAAGGAGGCUGGCUGCCUCCUGCUGGACCACACAACGGACGUCCCCAUGGCGUAGGUCAGAGCUAGAAACAGGGUAAUGAAAUGGCCACACUGCCUUUCAGGUGGGCCUGGAGGUCAAGUUAGUUUGUUUGUUUUUAAUUUAGCUGAAAUUAUAGGCUGGUUGAAAGACCCCUUUGUCGACAGUGAUCCUUUGAAUAGCCACACAAACCUUUUGGUCUCUCUCUCUCACUUUCCUCCAACCCCUUCUCCCAUUUGCAGGAUUAGAAAAGCACUUGGGAGGCACAUUAAUCUUGCCGGCGUUGUCAGGAGUGAUCAGCGACUUUUAUUAAAAGCCCCGGGAUCGCCUGAAAGGCCUCCUUGUCUGAGUUUGAAAGGAAAGGGGCAUGUUAAGAUCUCGGGGCUCGAUGUCGGGACCCCUCGCCCUGCCCCUUGGACUAUGAGCUGACACUCCAGGAGGGAGCACAGAAGCCCUCCUUUGUUGAAGGGAUUUCUCUGGUGGACGGAAACGCGCUGGCCCCUGUCAGCAUGAACUUUCUGCGCUGGGGGGGCCCAGGUCCCCUGCUGCUGCUGCUGCUGCUGCUGCUCCUCCCGGCCUGGGCCGGCCCCACCUUCAUCAGCGUCAACCGUGGGCUGAGGGUGACCAAGGGCCGCUCCGCAUUCCUGUCAGGAGACGACCUGAAGUUUGCCAUUCCCAGCGAGAAAGACGCCUGCAAAGUGGAAGUGGUGACGAACGAGCCAAUGACCCAGAGGGUUGGGAAACUCACGCCACAGGUCUUUGAUUGCCAUUUCCUUCCCAAUGAAGUAAAGUAUGUUCACAACGGUUGCCCAAUUCUUGAUGAAGACAUGGUGAAGCUUAGACUUUACAGAUUGACUGAAACAGACACCUUCACGGAAACCUUUGUCCUGCGGGUCUAUCUCUUGGAGCCAGAUUGCAACAUCAUCCGCAUGAGUAACAAUGUGCUGGAGGUGUCUGAAUUCUAUGGCCUGUCCCGGGCGAUUGAUAAGAACCUGCUCACGUUUGAUUAUGACAGGACGGCUAGCCUGGAUUGCACGGUCAGGCUGGACCCCGUGAAAACUCGGCUGCCAGCCCACGGCCAGGUGGUUCUGGUGGAGCCUCGGCCAGAAGAACCUCGUGGAGAUCAGCCGCAUAGUUUUUACCCCGAGUCCCAUGUGGGAACAGAACUGAAGUGUCCAGGUGGAAGCUGUCCCCCGGGACUGAAGAAAAUAGGAAGUCUCAAAGUCAGCUGUGAGGAGUUCCUGCUGAUGGGCCUUCGCUAUCAACACAUGGCUCCCCCUUCACCCAAUAUCGAUUAUAUCUCCAUCCAACUGGACCUCACAGAUAGCAGGAGUAAAAUCGUGUACAAGUCAGAGAGCGCGUGGUUGCCUGUCUAUAUCCGAGCUGGCAUUCCGAAUCAGAUUCCGAGGGCUGCAUUCAUGGCCAUGUUUACCCUGGAAGUGGAUCAGUUCAUCCUGACCUCUUUUACUACAUCGGUUCUGGACUGCGAGGAAGAUGAGACCCCCAAGCCCUUGCUGGUGUUCAACAUCACGAAAGCCCCACUCCAGGGCUAUGUGACUCACCUGUUGGAUCACACCAGACCAAUCUCCUCAUUCACCUGGAAAGAUCUCAGCGACAUGCAGAUUGCCUAUCAGCCACCAAACAGCAGCCACUCUGAGAGGAGACAUUACGAGGUAGAGCUGGAGGUGUUCGACUUUUUCUUUGAAAGGAGUGCACCUAUUACCGUCCACAUCUCCAUCAGAACCGCAGAUACCAACGCCCCCCGAGUGUCCUGGAACACAGGUCUGAAUCUUCUGGAGGGGCAGUCUCGGGCCAUCACUUGGGAACAGUUUCAGAUUGUAGACAAUGAUGACAUUGGUGCUGUCCGGUUAGUCGUCGUUGAUGGCCUGAAGCAUGGACGGCUUACAUUAAGAGCGGGGAAAGGAUUUCUCUUCACCGUGGCUGACCUUCAGGCUGGAGUUGUCCGCUAUCAUCACGAUGACAGUGACUCCACUAAAGACUUUGUGGUCUUCAGGAUAUUUGAUGGGCAUCACAGCAUCCAUCACAAAUUUCCCAUCAACAUCUUGCCCAAAGAUGAUAGCCCCCCGUUCCUCAUAACCAAUGUUGUGAUUGAACUGGAGGAGGGGCAGACCAUCGUGGUCCAGGGUUCCAUGCUGAGGGCAUCUGACGUGGACUCCAGUGAUGACUACAUCUUCUUUAAUAUCACAAAACCCCCGCAGGCCGGAGAGAUCAUGAAGAAGCCAGGGCCAGGACUAAUAGGCUAUCCUGUUCCUGGCUUCCUUCAGAGAGAUCUGUUCAAUGGGGUCAUUCACUAUCGUCACUUCGGUGGAGAAAUCUUUGAAGAUUCUUUUGAAUUUGUUCUGUGGGACAGCCACGAACCUCCAAAUCUCUCAGUGCCACAGGUGGUGACAAUCCACAUCACUCCAGUGAAUGACCAGCUUCCAAAAGAGGCUCCUGGAGCUUCUCGGCAUUUGGUUGUCAAGGAAACUGAGGUGGCCUACAUAACCAAAAAACAUCUACAUUUUAUAGAUACAGAAUCAUAUGACCGGGAGCUGGUCUACACAAUAACAACACCUCCAUGUUUCUCCUUCAGCCACAGACAGUUGGAUGCUGGGAAAUUAUUCAUGGUGGAUAGCAUACCAAAGAUGACCAAAAAUCCUAUAGCCCUGGGGCUGAGGUCAUUUACUCAGCAUGCUGUGAACUAUAGGAAAGUGGCCUACAUGCCACCCAUGCAAGAUAUCGGCCCCCACCUCCGACACGUCCAGUUCACAUUUUCUGUCAGUAACCAACAUGGCGGCACUUUACACGGGGUCUGCUUUAACAUCACGAUUCUCCCAGUGGACAACCAGGUUCCUGAGGUAUUCACCAACCCCCUGAGAGUGGCUGAGGGAGGCCAAUGCUUCAUCGGCACAGAGCACAUUCUGGUUUCAGAUGUGGAUACCAAGCUGGACAACAUCCGCCUCUCCCUGCGGGGACUGCCUCCGUGUGGGAGGGUGGAGCUGGAUGGAUUUCCACUAAAUACAGGGGACACAUUUUCUUGGAGAGACCUCCAGACCUUAAAAGUUAGGUAUCGACACGAUGGAUCUGAGGUUCUGCAGGAUGACAUACUCUUGGAGGUCACAGAUGGCACAAAUUCAGCAGAAUUUGUUCUACAUGUUGAGGUAUUCCCUGUAAAUGAUGAGCCACCAGUCCUAAAAGCUGACCUCAUUCCCAUAAUGCAUUGCUUGGAGGGCGGAGAAGUGGUCAUCACUUCCGAAUACGUUUUUGCUACUGAUGUGGACAGUGAUGACUUAAAACUGAUGUUUAUGAUUGUUCGAAAACCUCAGCAUGGGGUGGUGAGGAGAGCUGGAGUCCCGGUGGAUCAGUUCUCUCAGGCAGAUGUUAUUUCAGGGGCUGUGACAUACAAACACACAGGUGGUGAGAUUGGCCUGGUGCCUUGUUUUGACACCAUGACAUUGGUGGUUUCGGAUGGAGAAGCUGGCCCUUUUGUGAAUGGCUGUUGCUACAAUGGACCUAAUCCAUCUGUUCCUCUUCAUGAGUCCUUUCCAGUGUAUGAUCUCAACAUCACAGUACAGCCAGUAGACAACCAGCCACCUUCAAUUGCAAUAGGUACCGUGUUCCUUGUAGAGGAGGGUUUCUCAGCAACUCUUACCAUUAACCAUUUGUCUGCCACCGACCCUGACACUGCAGCAGAUGACUUGGAAUUUGUUUUGGUUUCUCCUCCCCAGUUUGGCUACCUUGAAAACAGACUGCCUUCUGCAGGUUUUGAAAAAAGCAAUAUGGGCAUAAGUAUAGCUUCAUUUCAGUGGAAAGACAUGAAGGCUUUGCACAUUAACUAUGUGCAGUCCAGGCAUCUGAGGAUAGAACCAACCGCAGACCAGUUCACCGUGUAUGUCACAGAUGGGAAGCAACGCUCCUUGGAGAUACCAUUUUACAUUACUAUCAACCCCACAAAUGAUGAAGCUCCUGACUUUGUAGUGCAGAAUAUUACGGUGUGCGAGGGUCAGAUGAAGGAGCUGGAUCUUUCCAUCAUCAAUGCUGCUGACCUGGAUGUUCCCAAGGACCCCCUGCUGUUCAGCAUCACUCACAGCCCUCGCCAUGGCCUCCUUAUCAAUGGGGAGUUGAGCAAAGACCUUCCUAAGAAUAAGCAGCCAGCCCACCUUGACCAGAAGUAUGAACUUGUUCAAAACUUUUCCAUGGAACUUCUCAAGACUGGAAUGAGGUUGACAUACGUGCAUGAUGACUCAGAGAGCCUUGCUGAUGACUUUACAAUCCAGUUGUCGGAUGGGAAACAUAAGAUACUUAAAACCAUUUCAGUGGAGGUCACCCCAGUUAAUGAUGAGAAACCAAUGCUGACCAAGAAGGCUGAAAUUGCGAUGAAUAUGGGUGAAACUCGUAUUAUUUCUAGUGCUAUUCUUUCAGCCAGAGAUGAAGACUCACCCAGGGAGAAGAUUUACUACUUAUUUGAAAGGCUUCCCCAAAAUGGGCAACUUCAGCUUAAGAUAGGGAGGGACUGGGUCCCUCUCUACCCUGGCAUGAAAUGCACCCAGGAGGAAGUGGAUCUGAACUUGCUGAGAUAUACACACACUGGAGCAAUGGAUUCCCAGAAUCAAGAUAGCUUCACCUUCUACCUUUGGGAUGGCGACAACAGGUCACCUGCUUUUGACUGUCAUAUCACCAUCAAGGACAUGGGAAAAGGUGAUAUCGUCAUCCUUACAAAGCCACUGGUGGUGUCUAAAGGUGACAGAGCUUUCUUGACAACCACCACUCUCCUGGCUGUGGACGGAACAGACAAGCCCGAGGAGCUGCUCUAUGUUAUCACCUCCCCGCCGCGACAUGGCCAGUUGGAAUAUGUUCGCUACCCUGGAGUCCCCAUUACAAGCUUCAGCCAAAUGGACGUAGCAGGGCAGACGGUUUGCUACAUACAUAAGGGCAAGGAACCUGUCCCAAGUGACACGUUCAGAUUCAUCGUCAGCAACGGGCUGCGCACCAAGCACGGGGUGCUUGAGAUCACGCUGGAGACUGUGGACAGAGCCUUGCCCGUGGUGACCAGGAACAAGGGGUUGAGACUGGCCGAAGGGGCCAUGGGCCUGCUCUCGCCUGACCUCCUUCAGCUGAGCGACCCUGACACGCCCGUGGAGAGCCUCACCUUCCUCUUGGCUGAGCUCCCAAAGCACGGCCAGCUCUACCUGCGGGGGACAGUGCUGCUGCGACACAACUUCACUCAGCAGGAUGUGGACAGCAGGAAGGUGGCCUACCAGCACUCCGGAGGGGACUCCCACAGUGACUGCUUCACUUUUGUGGCCACCGACAGGACAAACCAAGGCUUUGUUGUGAAUGGGAGAGUGUGGGAAGAACCCGUUUCAUUCACCAUUCAGGUGGACCAGUUGGACAGAGCAGCCCCCCGGAUCACACUCUUGCAUUCCCCUUCGCAAGUGGGGCUCCUGAAAAAUGGCUGUUACGGGAUUUACAUCACUUCCCGCGUGUUAAAGGCGUCAGACCCUGACACCGAGGACGAUCAGAUCAUCUUUAAGAUUUUACGAGGCCCACAAUACGGACAUCUGGAGAACACAACAACAGGUGAAUUUAUCCGAGAGAAAUUUAGACAAAAGGACUUAAACAGUAAGACCAUUCUUUACGUCAUAAACCCAUCUUUGGAAGUAAAUUCGGAUAUCGUGGAAUUUCAGAUCAUGGACCCCACAGGGAACUCUGCCACUCCUCAAAUUUUGGAAUUGAAGUGGUCUCGUAUUGAAUGGUCACAGACUGAAUAUGAGGUCUGUGAGAAUGUGGGCACUUUGCCCUUGGAAAUUACCAGAAGGGGAUAUUUGAUGGACUCGGCCUUUGUGGGCAUAAAGGUCAACCAAGCGUCAGCUACAGUUGGAAAAGAUUUCACUGUGACUCCAUCUAAACUGAUUCAGUUUGACCCAGGAAUGUCAACUAAGAUGUGGAAUAUAGCAAUUACCUAUGACGGAUUAGAGGAAGAUGAUGAGGUCUUUGAAGUAAUUCUGAACUCCCCUGUGAAUGCAGUUCUUGGCACAAAGACAAAAGCUGCAGUGAAAAUUUUGGACUCAAAAGGAGGACAGUGCCAUCCUUCAUAUUCCCUCAACCAAAGCAAGAACAACACAUGGGAGAAGGGCAUUUGGCGCCCACUGCCCCCAGGGUCUUCCUCACCCACCACUUCUGGUUCUUUUCAUCUGGAAAGAAGACCUCUUCCAUCUUCCAAGUGGCUGGCGAUCACCAGGGGAGACACCCUGCGGGGCUUUGAUUCUACAGAUAUUUCCCGAAGGAAGCUUAGGACCCACGGGAAUGGCAAAACGGUUCCUCCAUCCUCUGUUUAUAGAAAUGGAACAGACACCAUCUAUAAUUAUGAUGGGAUGAUUUCCUUUAAACUAGAGGAUGACAGUUCCCCAACUCACACAAGGAAGGCCAAAGUAUCCAUCAUUAGUCAGCCACAAAAGGCAACCAGAGUGGCAGAGCUGCCUCAGGCAGAUAAGGUGGAAUCCACAACUGGCUCACACUUCCCCAGACAGGACCAGUUGCCCUCAUUUGCAAAGAACUGCACUCUGGAAUUAAAGGGGCUCUUCCAUUUUGAAGAAAGCACCCAAAAGCUCUAUCAAUGCAAUGGGAUUUCCUGGAAAGCCUGGAGCCCCCAAACCAAGGUUGUGGAAGACAAAUCCUGCCCAACUGGGUGGCAUCAGCACUCAGGCUACUGUCACAUCUUGAUCACAGAGGAGAAAGGCACCUGGAACGUAGCUGCCCGAGCUUGCAGGGAACAGUACCUGGGUAGCCUUGUAACCGUGUUCUCCAGGCAGCACAUGCAAUGGCUCUGGGACAUCAGUGGGAGAAAGCCCUUUUGGAUAGGUUUGAAUGACCAAGUGCGUGCUGGGCACUGGGAGUGGAUCGGUGGUGAACUUGUCACCUUCACCAGUGGAAAGAGAAGACCUCCUCAACACUUUCAGCCUGGGAAGAACUGUGUUUUGGUUCAAAGACGAGGAAAAUGGCAAACCAAGGACUGUAGGAAGGGAAAACCUCACAAUUAUGUAUGCUCCAGAAAACUCUAAAUGUAACUGGCCCUACACGUGCCCACCUGGGAUUUAUCACCUAUUUAUUUACAGGAUAUGUGAAUAUCGAUCCAUAGAAAACAAAUUAUUAUGACUGACUGGGUACAUCUUCAUGAUUCUAUUAAUAGUAAAAAUGGAACAUGGAUUAAUAGUUCCAGGAAGAUUGAUACAUGAAUAUUUCUUACAAGAUGAGAUACAAUUUUUGCAUCUCCGUAUCUUUCAAAAUAAAUGCCUGCAGUAUUAUAA